AUGGCGUCGACCGCCGACGAUGCAAAUGCCGCGAGUCUGGCGUCCAUCCAGCGGGACUUGCGCGCCAUGAGUGCCAAGACGGAGCUAGUACUCCAAGCCCAAGAAAGCCGCAUCCAGGACAUUGACGCGAAGCUCGACCGCCUUCUUCGUGCCGUCGAAGAAGGCGUGGGUUCGCUUGAGAAACGGUCAAAUGCGUUGCCCGAUUCGAUUUGUCGACCGCUGGCUCGACGAUGGGCUGACACGUCACAAGUGGUGGACGAAGCCCUCCAGCGCAUGAAUCAACGCCUAGACCGUAUCGAGAAGGAUCUCGACGAGUUGCCGGACAAGCUGCAGUCGCGACACCAGGCGUCGUCCAUCACAUUGCCAAACAACGAAGGAUUUUGGCCGACUACAUCUCAGUCGUCCACCUCCACCCCCUCGUCACAACAUCUCCACACAACAUCAGUACCAACAAGCCAUCUUGCCACGAAUCACCAUCCUUCCCAGCGCCGUCAGCACCUUGACAUGUUGGAUCCCAUGUCGUUCACACCUCGUCCUUCUCAAGUGCCAUCUCAUUACACCACAGUGCCAUCUCAUUACACCACGUUCGAGCCCCAUAUGUCUUCUUCCGCGGCAUCUCUCCACGAUGACUUGCAUCCGUCGAAUCAUCCUCCUUCAUCCAAUGUAUUGGCCUCUUCCUUUCGGGCCACGACUUGCCGAACCAUGUGGCACCUGUGGUUCCACGGGGACCCGGCCACGCCAGACGUCGGUCCGCUGCGGCACGUGGCUCUGGACGAGUCGGCUGGAGGAAGCACCCGCAUGCAGCAGUCUCGGACCAAAGUUGUCAUGGAAACGCUGCUGCAGCUCGGCCGGGUGUCCGCCGACGCCGUGGCCGCCAUGUCGACCGACGACUCGAACGCCUUGUUUGAUCGGGCGUUCCAUGCGAUGCUGUUUGACAAUCCGGACGGAAACCUGGCCGGCGCCGUGGGCAAGCUCAGGCCAGACAAGGCCGAGUCGUACAUGGUUGCGACAGUGUACAACGUCCUCGUGAACGAACGCCGCAAACGGAAGCGCGACGCGGUGGAGAUUCACAUGCUGUGA